UGUCAAGUCACUUGUCUACAGUGACUCUUAUUCUGUCGUUAGGUUUUGUUCUAAGUUUGUUUCAGUUCGUUUCGGUUCUUUCCUCCGACCCCACGGGGACUCGAACCUGCGACCAUCUCGUCAGCAGCACCGCCUCCCCGACUCCAGCACCGGCUCCGCUCCGGGAGUCCAGCUCGGGGUUUCCAGCGGAGGGACGCAGGAGUUGCGGACUGUUCUCCGGGUAAACACGCUGCUCAGCUCCGCCGCCUCAGUGUCCGUUAGCUCCGCAGCAAGUGGAGCAGGAGGGAGAGAAACACCGUCUGUUACCGCACACAGAGCGGACAUCUGGACCAGCAGAGCCGAAGAGGUUGCCUCCAGCCCCACUGGUCAGUGUGCGCUCAGAGAUGCGGGCCCCGCUGUUGACGCUGCUCUGCGUCGUGGCUGCUGCCGCUGCCCAGGUGCCCGACUACACCCACGGCUGCGCUCAUGGCAGCUGCUACCCGGCAACAGGGGACUUGCUGGUCGGAAGGGAGAAGAAUCUGAAGGCCUCAUCUUCAUGUGGGAUGAGGAGAAAAGAGCCGUACUGUAUCGUCAGUCAUCUUCAGGAUGAGAAGAAGUGUUUUGACUGUGACUCUAGACGGCCAUAUGACCCCGUCUACAACACGAUCAAUCACCGGAUAGACAACGUAAUCACCACCUUCAAACCUCACCGCAAGAAGUCCUGGUGGCAAUCUGAGAAUGGAAAGUCUGAUGUCUUUAUCCAAUUGAAUCUGGAAGCAGAGUUUCAUUUCACUCACUUGAUCAUGACCUACAAGACCUUCCGUCCAGCGGCCAUGCUGAUCGAACGCUCAGCAGAUUUCGCUCGCACCUGGCAGGUCUACCGCUACUUCGCUCACGACUGCGCCACUGCCUUCCCAGGAAUCUCCCAGGGUCCUUUGCGUAACAUUAAUGAUAUCAUCUGUGAGUCGCGUUAUUCUGACAUUGAGCCUUCAACAGAGGGAGAGGUCAUCUACAGAGUGUUGGAGCCCGCAAUCAGGAUUGAAGAUCCAUACAGCCCGGACAUCCAGAACCAGCUGAAGAUCACAAACCUGAGAGUGAACUUCACCAAACUUCACACACUGGGAGACAACCUGCUGGACCCGAGAGCAGAAAUAAAGGAGAAGUAUUACUAUGCCAUAUAUGAGCUUGUCAUACGAGGAAACUGCUUUUGCUACGGCCACGCCUCCGAGUGCGCCCCCAUCAACGGCAUCAGGGAUGAUAUAGAAGGAAUGGUUCACGGCAGGUGUGUGUGUAACCAUAACACCAAGGGUUUGAACUGUGAGCUAUGUGAGGACUUCCACAAUGACCUGCCCUGGAAACCAGCUGAGGGACGCAACACCAACGCCUGCAAGAAGUGUAACUGUAACGGCCACUCCACCACGUGCCACUUUGACAUGGCGGUGUAUUUGGCCACGGCUAACACCAGCGGAGGAGUGUGUGACGACUGUCAGCACAACACCAUGGGACGUAACUGUGAGAUGUGCAAACCGUUCUACUACAAAGACCCCAUCAAGGAUAUGAGGGACCCACGCGUUUGCGUAGCGUGUGACUGCGACCCGGAUGGUUCUCAGAAUGGGGGGAUGUGCGACAGCCACACAGACCCUUCCCUCGGCAUGGUGGGAGGUCAGUGCCGUUGCAAGGCCAACGUCGAGGGGCCGCGUUGCGACAAGUGUAAAACCGGCUUCUUUGGCCUGAGCGCCGAAAACCCUCAGGGCUGCCAACCUUGCUGGUGCGACAACAGAGGAACCGUGUUAGGAAGCUCCCAGUGUGACCCCAUCAGUGGAGACUGCUUCUGCAAGCGACUCGUCACUGGACGCAGCUGUGACCAGUGUCUGCCUGAACACUGGGCACUGAACCACGACCUGAACGGCUGCAGAGGUUGCGAGUGUGACAUCGGAGGAGCGCUGGACAACCUCUGCUCCAUGGAGAGCGGUCAGUGUCGCUGCCGCGGCCACAUGAUGGGACGCCAGUGUACGCAGGUGGAGUCCGGAUAUUUCUUCAUGGCUGUGGAUCACUUCCUGUAUGAGGCAGAGUUGGCCAAAAUGGGUCAGGGCUGUAUGCUGGAGACCAAGGAGCACCAGCCAGGUCGGCCUGCCACCUGGACGGGAAUGGGGUUCGCCCGGGUUCCUGAGGGCGGCACCCUGGAGUUCCUCGUCACGAACAUUCCCUACUCCAUGGAAUAUGACUUGCUCAUUCGCUACGAGUCACAGAUGCCACGGGACUGGGAGGAGGUGCGGAUAACGGUGAUCCGUCCAGGGCCGAUUCCUACCAGCAGCCCGUGUGGAAACACCAUCCCAGAUGAUGACAGGCUCACAGUCUCCCUGCACGCUGGAGCCAGGUUUGCGGUCCCUCCUCAGCCUGUGUGUCUGGAGAGAGGUGUGACAUACACCCUCCGCUUUGAGUUCCGACGCUAUCAUGAUGCCAACAGUAUCCUUACCGGAGCCGACGCCGUCAUCCUUGUGGACUCGAUCUCCUUGAUGCCACGCCACUUCUCCAUGGAGAUGUUCAACGCAGGGGAUUCAGCCUCGAGCAUCAGGAAGCAGACCUAUGAGCGGUACCGCUGCCACGAGGGGGCGAAGAGUGUGUCCCGCCCGCUGAUGAGUGACACCUGUGCCAAGCUCAUCACCAGCAUGUCGGCCAUCAUAAAUGAUGGCGCUCUGCCUUGUAAUUGCGACCCCCAGGGCUCCGUCAGCUCUUUGUGUGAUGUCCGCGGGGGCCAGUGCCGCUGCAGGCCCAAUGUGAUUGGUCGACGUUGUGACCAGUGUGCGCCAGGAACUUAUGGCUUCGGACCCUCAGGCUGCAUAGCCUGCGGGUGCAGCUUGGAAGGCUCUGUGACUCGACUCUGUGACAAGUUCACCGGUCAGUGCCAGUGCCGCCCGGGAGCGUUUGGUCAGCAUUGCGACGGGUGCCAGGCGGGUCACUGGGGUUUCCCCAACUGCCGACCAUGCCAGUGUAACGGACAUGCAGACAAGUGCGACCAGAGGACCGGAGCCUGCAUCAACUGCAAGGACAACACUGGAGGAGACAAGUGUGACAGGUGUGCCAAUGGUUACUACGGUAACCCAGUUCUGGGCAUACCAUUUAGUGGCCAGUGUCGUCCGUGCCCCUGUCCAGACGGGCCCAACAGCGGACGCCACUUUGCUGCAUCUUGUUACCAGGACAACCGUAACAGGCAAAUAAUCUGCAACUGUAACCAGGGUUACACAGGUGAUCGAUGUGAUGAAUGUGCCCCGGGUUAUUUUGGCAACCCCUCGCAGCCUGGUGGGCACUGCCAGCCGUGCCAGUGCCACAACAACAUAGACAUGUCGGACAUGGGUGCGUGUGACAGGCAAACCGGAGAGUGCAGGAAAUGCCUCUACAACACUGAGGGCCCGAGCUGCGGCAUCUGCAAGAGCGGCUAUUUCGGGGAUGCUUCCCGACGCAACUGCAGGAAGUGCACUUGUAACUUCCUGGGUACUGAUAGCAGCCAGUGUAUGGAGCGGGGAGACUGUGUGUGCCAGCGCUCCACAGGCCAGUGCCAGUGUCUGCAAAACGUCAUAGGUCUGACAUGUGACCACUGUGCCCCCAACCACUGGAACCUGGCCAGCGGGAAAGCCUGUGAAACCUGCGGCUGUGACCCCAACAACUCUGUCACCUCCUCGUGUAAUGAGUUUACCGGUCAGUGUCAAUGUCGUGAUGGCUUUGGAGGGAAGACAUGCACAGACUGUCAGGAGAACUACUGGGGAGACCCCAGGACGCAGUGCAGAGCCUGUGACUGUGACUGGCGUGGCAUUGAGACCUCUCAGUGUAACCGUGUGACUGGCCACUGCCUUUGCCAGCAGGGGGUGUCAGGUGUGCGCUGUGAUCAGUGUGCCAGAGGCUUCUCUGGCCAGUUCCCCAACUGUCAGCCCUGCCACCAGUGCUUCGGGGAUUGGGAUCGCAUUGUUCAGGACCUGGCAGUGCGCACCAAGGCUCUGGCAGAGCGUGCCCAUGAGAUUCAGACCACUGGGCUCACUGGCGCCUAUGAGACGGCCUUCAGAGAUCUGGAGGAGAAACUGGCACAGGCUCAGGGAAUCGUUAAUGCACGCAAUGCCACUGCUGCAGCUGUAGCUACCCUAAUGGAGCUUAUUGAAGAUCUAAGGGCACAGAUCGGUGAGACCACGGACACCCUGAACCGUCUGGAAGGAGACCUAACCAUCGUACAGGACAGCAACUCUGAGGCAAGCAAGGAGCUGAGUGCUCUGGAGCGAGAGGCCAAAGAACUAAACCUCACUUCUGAGCAGCUACACAAUCAGCUGGACGUCCUGAAAAACUCUAACUUCCUAGGUGCAUACGACAGCAUCCGUAGCUCCUACAACAAGUCUCGUGAUGCUGAGAGGCGUGCCAACCAAUCGACAACCACCAGGCCCAGCACAGUCAGCCAAUCUGCAGACACCCGCCGACGCACCGAGCGCCUUAUCACCGCCAAGAAGGACGACUUCAAUCGUAAAAAUGCAGCUAACAAGCGUGCGCUGGGAGACCUCAGCACCAAAGCACAGGGCCUGGACAUAAAGAAGAUCAACGAGAGGGUGUGUGGUGCCCCGGGUGAUGCUCCCUGUGGGGAAAGCCCAUGUGGGGGUGCAGGUUGCCGUGAUGAUGAGGGAAACCGUCACUGUGGAGGCCUGAACUGUAACGGGGCUGUGGCAGUAGCUGACAAUGCUUUGGAGAGAGCCAAACACGCGGAGAAGGAGCUGAACAAAGCUAUGGGAGAGGUGGAGGGACUCUUCAACAAGGUGGCAGAGGCCAAGACCAAAGCAGAAGAGGCCAAGGGUAAAGCCCAAGCAGCUCUGGACAAAGCCACAGCCACCAAAAACAAAGUGGAGCGCUCCAACAAUGACCUGAGAGACCUCAUCAAACAGAUCAGGGACUUCCUCACUCAGGAGGGAGCCGAUCCAGACAGUAUUGAAGCAGUGGCAAACCAUGUUUUGGAGCUCUCCAUCCCAGCUUCGCCCCUCCAGAUCAGACAUCUUGCUGAUGAAAUCAAAGAUCGGGUUCGCAGCCUCUCGAAUGUGGAUGCCAUCCUGGCGCAGACACAGGACAAUGUCCGAAAGGCAGAACAACUGCUGCUGGAUGCCAAGAGGGCAAGGCAUCAUUCUGAGGGAGUAAAGACCACAGCAGAGACAGUAAAACAGGCCUUGGUGGAUGCUAAGACUACCCAGACCUCAGCAGAGAAAGCCAUAGCAAGAGCCAAAGAGGACAUUGACAUGACUGAGGCCCGACUGGCACAGAUCGAGUCAGAGACGUCCAACGGUGAGAAGGACCUGAAUGAUGCCAUGGACCGCCUGGGCAUCCUGGGACAGGAGAUCAAUGCCCUGAAGACCAAACGUGCCAACAACAGCAUGGCAGCGGCCCGAGCCGAAGAGACAGCCACCAUGGCACGAGACAAAGCAAAUGAAGCCAAGCAGAUUCUAGAUGGCCAGCUGACAGACAAAUACCACGAGGUGCAGCAGCGGGUUGACAGCAAGGCCAAGGCCGUGCAGGACGCAAAGAAAAGAGCUGAGGGCCUCAGAGACGAAGCAAAGGAACUACUGAGAGAUGCCCAGAACAAGCUGCAGAGACUAGCAGAGCUAGAAAAGAACUAUGAGGAGAACCAGAGGAGGUUGGAGGGGAAAGCUCGUCAGCUGGACGGCUUGGAGGACAAGAUGAAAGCCAUCCUCAAUGACAUCAACAGACAGAUCCAGAUCUACAACACGUGUCAGUAACUCACUGCUCUGUGAUGUGUGAAAACGGGUCCAUCAACGUGUCAUUUUGUUAUUUCCCUCAGAUACAGAUAGCUGUCAACGGACUUUGAGGAAAUGAAUUAAAGAAGAAGGCUGGGGUAGUUUAUUACUCUCCAAGUGAAUCAGAAUAUUUAAAAUACUGUCUUGUAUUCAAAACCAUUGCCAAAAAUUGAGAUAUAUGAACAUUUGACUGAACACUUAAAUGUUGUCUUGAGCUCACAAAUUGUAUUUGCAUUGAAAUAUUUCCACUUUACCUCUGCUUGUAAUUUCUGAAAUAAUAUGAAAAUGUUAAUUUUGUUUUGAAUAUGAAAAUGAAAAUUAUAUUUUAGAAAGUCAAUGAUGCACAGAUUUGAGAGUGAAUACUUCAUCUUUUGAAAAGAAUGGUUUACAAACAAGCUGUUCAAAUGUUUAUUGUUUGUUUUUGUUACUUGGAGUGACAGCUGCAUAAUCAGCAGGUCAUCCUUGUUUUCUCCAUCUUUUUAUAUGAACUCUGUUACUACUGGAAGUAUAUUCUGAGCUGUGCUCAUCACAAGAAGACUUCAUUUAAAUUGUAUAAAAUAAACCUCGAAACAGAGACAAACAGUAGGCUCGAGGAAAUGGGCCCUUGUCCCUGUGAAAUUUAGGGGCUAUAUGUAAGUUUUUGAUAUUGCUACAUAACCAAUGUUAGCAUUAACAACUGUGUACCUAGCAGUCCACAAAUGUUGCAAGUUCAACAUUGAAUCACUUGCUUCUGCUACAGUCAGUAUGCUAACCAGCUCGCACCAUCCUGUCCUAUCAGUGGCAAACCAAACGUACAUGCAGCCCUGUUAAGGACAUGCCUUUCCAGUAAGGAUAAAGCGAAGAACAGGGUUGUUGCAUUUAUGUGGAUUUUAAAUUUAGAGUUUUCAAUUAAAAGUCACACCUAAAAUGGUGCUAUUUUUUUCAUCACAUCUGACUUUUUACAAAUACAAACAAGUAAACAAAUGGUAUGAUGUGACCAUUGUAUUUAAAAAUAAAUGAACUGUGGGACUUGCUAACCUGCCUGCAGGAGGAGGAUUGCUGUAGCUUUUAACGGACACUACACAGGAAUAAUAAUGGUUAUCAGUGUUAAGCUGACAAAAAGUAUACUUUCAGCAUGGAUCUAGAGAUGCAGUGUCAGAAUUGAUUAAUAAAUAAGACAUUAGUUUCAGUGGAAUCGGAGGUGUUCUGAAGUGGUCAAUGUCAGAUUUAGGUUUGAUUUGGCUUUCUUUGAUUUGGCUUAUGCUAAGCUAAGCCUAGCAAUACGAAGAAAAUAGUAAAAAAUCAGCGCCUAUAGAAAUCAUUGAUGAACAUGUUCCUUCAAGUCAUCACCAGAAUUCAUUUUUGUAAAUGUCAAACCCAUGAUGCACAUAUUGUCAAUGUUUAUCAAAUAUGCUGUAAUGGGAUUUUUCUAUACAGUCUAUGGAUGAAAUAUGUACGAGCUGCAGAACGUGUUGCCUCACUGAAGUGACAUUGAAUUCUACAGUACAAACACUGUUUUAUUGUGCUGUGCCGGUAUACUCACGUACUGAUUGCAUGACAAUGUGUGUUUUAGGAAACAUAAACCAGAAAAAGAAUUGUACACAUAUUUCCCCCAGCCUGCGUAUCAGCUGGUAUUUUGAUAUCUAAUUGCCAAAGCAAAAAUACCAAAAGAUGCUUGUGUACAUUUUUGUCAAUAAAGUUUAAGUAACUUAA